UUCUUCUGUCACUGAUGGCGUGUGAACUGCUCUGUAUUUCUCGAACACACAAUGAAGAAGAUCACGUUCAGUUUUUACUCAAUUAAUGUUUAAGAUGUUUUAAAAUCCACAGCGCAUCAUGAGCAGUCUGUGUAGGGAGGUAGUCACACUCCAGCUCGGACAUUAUUCUAACUUUAUCGGGACACACUGGUGGAAUUUACAGGAUGCGUCUCUGUGUUAUGACCCAGAUGUGUUGGCGAGUGAGCUGCAGAGUGACGUGUUGUUUAGGGAGGGUCUCACUCUGUGCGGUCACGUGACUUACACUCCCCGACUCAUCGCCAUGGACCUCAAAGGCAGUCUUCAAACAUUGAGGCGAGAAGGCAGUCUGUAUGACACAGACAAUGAAGCAACAAACUUUACCUGGGAAGGACAGAUUAUGACACAUAAAGCAAACCCACCCACCAAAAACUCUUUCUUACAAGAUCUGGACAUGCUAGAUACAGGAAGUUUAGUCGCAGAAUCAAAUUUCUCUUGGCCUUCUGCUCAGACGGAGCGCUGCUCAGUUACCAGCACAGGAGCGAAUGUUGCCGUGGAGACGGUGAACAGCAGGCUGGAGCGGAUACAGAAAUCCUAUAGGCUGGAGGGAAGUGUGAGGGUGUGGUCAGAUUUCCUGAGAAUCCACCUCCAUCCUCGCACCAUUUCUGUCAUUAACCAGUUCAAUCAUGACGGUGAAUCGGAGCGUUUGGAAGCGUUCGGUCAGGGGGAGACGCUCUUACAGGGUCCAGUGUUGGAAGAUCUGGAAGAUCGGCUUCAUUUCUUUGUGGAAGAAUGUGACUAUCUGCAGGGCUUUCAGGUGUUGUGUGAUCUUGCUGACGGCUUCUCAGGCUUGGGGUCAAAGGUCACAGAAUUGUUGCAGGACUCUUACGGAGGUCGCGGCAUCCUCACAUGGGGCGUGGCUCCUGUCAAUCAUCCAGACACGAGCUCAAUAAAGGAGUUGUACCAUAUGAUAAACUGCGCAUUAGGAACUGUCCAAAUGGCCAAUCACAGCUCUUUCUUCUGCCCUCUGACCCUGAGGGGGGGACUGGGGAGACGGCCGCCUCCACCCACCACUUUCCCCCUGAUCAACUAUGAUCCGUCGCUGUGGUAUCACUCCAGCGCUGUUUUAGCUUUGGCGUUGGACACCAUGACAGCGUCGUACAGACUGAGACAGAACCGUGUCCCCAUGUGGCAGCUGUCAGAUGCUCUGGCUGUCUCAGGAAGGAAGGUCGUUUCAGCUUACGGGUCUGUUCCGUUUCCCAUGAUGCAUGGCAGCUGUCUCCCAGAUGCUCUGGAUGCUUUUGCUGACGUGUUGCCAUGGAAACCCCUAUCAGCUUGCCCUGAGCUUGGUGACGGACGCUGUUUUAGCCAAUCAGUGACUCUGAAAGGGUUAGAGGGGCAGAGCUUAGUCAGUCCUAUCAUCCCGGGGAAAGAGCCGUCCACUCCUCUGCACUCUGAAUGCUCUGGAGAGGACGUACUGGCAACAUACGUCAGGUUACGUUACCCAUCAACACCCAUGGCAGUUCAGCUGGUGUCCAGCCCCAGUAAACUCACUCCUCCGUUCCCACAGAUGUUUAGUCCAGCUCUGAGUCAACAAGGUUUCCUUCAGAACCAGUCUGUACCUCCUGACACUGCUGUUCAGCCAGUCUCUGGUCUUCCUGUCCUGACGUCUCUGCAGUCCAGUCCAGCUGUUGGUGUCCUGCUGUCUGAUCUGCAGAAAGCGUGUGCUGCGCUGGACCUGCGGCGCGUGGCCCCCAGUUUCCUCUCUCAGGGGCCUGAACUCGGCGAGCUCACAGAAGCUAUGGAGCAGCUCCGCAACCUCGCGCACUGCUACCGCCAGGAUCACCUCGGCUCUUCAUCAGACGAUGAUGAUGAUGAUGACUAGAGAUUAUGAACAGAUGCUGUACAGUCCUCCGCUCGGAGUUCAGAUCACCCGGUUCAGCUCUGGUUAUCUGUAAUGUCUGAAUGGCCUGUUUCUGGAGAACGAGCUCCAUGGCAUGUUCCCACUGGGAAUUUUGGGAAUUGAGCUGAAUUAAUGCACUCUACAAUAAAAGCCAAAGCAAGUCAGAGAAAGUCAGAAAGAAAACAGCUGCGCGUCAGCUGUGCUUCUGUGUAUUUAAUCCUCAAUAAACCCAUAGAGCUUCAUAUCACACAUGCAGAAGAAAUGUAAAGUUCUACGUUGUGCAAAAUAAAUGACAGAUCAACAAAAUGAAUGCAGUUCACAAACAUGCCUGUGAUAACCUGCAAAACGGUUCCUGUUAAAUAUCAGAAAUGUUACAGUCAUGUACCUUUCACCAAAUAAAGGUUCCUGAAAAUC